AUGGUUGUCAAUUACGAAGAUAUCAAGAAUAUUUUCAUAGAAUUGAGAAAAUUUUACACCGAGGAAGACAAUCUCUUGGUCAAAGAAGCGAGACGUCGUCACAAUUCAACCCAUAUUCAGGGCAUCACUUAUGGAGUCAUAUUUUACUGGACUAUGUUCUGGUUCUCAGAAAUCCUCCUUCAAGUUUUCAUCCGAGAAGUUGGCGGAAUACCUUAUCCAAUGCAAUAUUACAUCCCUUUCCUCAGCCCAUCUAAUCCUUACUUUCAUCUGACAAAUGCUAUAUUUCAAAACAUUCUCUUCUUUGCUGGUCUCACUGUAAUGGCAGGAAGUGAUUGCAUGAUCAUCAUGUUCGCUUUUCAAUUCCGCAGUGAAUUAGUGUCCUUAGAGGAAGUGAUUUCCAAGCUAGAAGACAUUGAAAUAUACAAGAAGAACAAAGACAUCUUGAUAACAGCUUAUCGAAUGCACUUAAAAUUGCUGAAUAUGUUUCAACAGCUGUCCGAUGUCUACUUUUACAUGUCCUUCUCUCAGGUUUUAUCAACAUUUAUCGGAACGACGUUUUUAUUUUAUGUCGUCGUCAUGUAUGGCCUAGAUAUCGCUCAUUUCAUCAUAAUAGUGGUGGUCAUUUGUCAGAUAUUUAUCCUUUGCCUCUUCGGUGAGAUCAUCUUUGCAAAGAUGUCUGCAUUACCGAAUGCUCUCUACCUCACAAAAUGGUAUGAAUUCACACCGAAGGAUAAAUGGAAACUGCUGUAUAUCCUUCACAACGCCCAACGUCCGUGCGGCCUUAAAGCUGUCGGCAUUGUGGAUGUUUCCAUCUACACGUUCGUUGAGAGCUUUGUUUUCUGUGCUGGUUUUAUGGCAAUCUCUGCCAGUGAUUGCAUGAUCAUCAUGUUCGCCUUUCAAUUUCGCAGUGAAUUAGUGUCCUUAGAGGAAGUGAUUGCUAAGCUGGAGGAUACCGAAGUGUACAAGGAAAACAGAGAUAUUUUGAUAACCGCCUAUCGAAUGCACUUGAAGUUGCUGAAUAUGUUUCAUCAUCUCACCGAUAUGCUCUUUUACAUGUCCUUCUCGCAGAUCUUAUCCACUUUCAUCGGUACGACAUUUCUCUUCUAUGUCGUCUUCAUGUACGGUCUCGAUAUUGCCCACACCGUAAUAAUCGUGAUGGUUAUUUGUCAAAUAUUCACCUUUUGUCUCUUUGGAGAGAUUAUAUUUGCAAAGAUGUCUGAAUUGCCGAAUGCUUUCUACCUCACCAAAUGGUAUGAUUUUGCACCGGAGGAUAAAUGGAAACUUCUUCAUAUCCUUCACAAUGCUCAGAAACCUUGCGGCCUUAAAGCUGUCGGCAUUGUGGAUGUUUCCAUCUACACGUUCGUUGAGUUGGUGAAAUUAUCAGGAUCUUAUUGCGCAAUUAUUCAUGCUCUCAGCAACAAAGGCACUUCCACUGGACAGUGA